UCGGGCAACCAGUAUAAACAAAAUCUCGAAACAAUUUCAUAUGUUUAGACUGCCAAAAUUUUUACGUAAAAUGCUUAUUUUGUGAACAAUUAUAUUAAACAUGUCCGCCGUGGGAUAUAUCAAAAGAUUAAACGUAUUUCGGUCGAAAUUACCCCGUGCCUUCAAAGGUAGGCGAUAUUGUUCAGACGAAUGUCCUGACGAAAAGAAAGGACUUAUUCUCGGUGUGUACGAUGGCGAAAACGAGGAACCCGUAUUUACGAAAGCAGCAAGCAAAUUUAACGAUCAUCUGAAUGGAAAAUUAUUGGAAUUAGUUAAAACCGGCGGUUGCGAAAUAAAAAGAGGUCAAGGUAGAGUUUACAACAAUUUGGACAAGGAAUUUUGGUCGGUCGCGAUAGUAGGUUUGGGUAAAGAAAAACUCGGCUACAACGAAAUGGAAGCGAUCGACGAAGGGCUGGAAGCGGUGCGAGAAGCCGCGGGUAUUGGCGCGCAGCUCCUUAAGCGGGAAUGCGUCGGCAGGAUCUUAAUCGAAGGUCUGGGACACCCAGAACAAGCGGCAGAAGGAAGUGCCCUAGCGCUUUGGAGGUACCAAGAGAACCGAUCGAGGCAACAUUGGACGGCCAUUCCCACGUUGGAGCUUUUCGACGAUAGCGACGCUGAGAGCUUCCAGCGAGGACUGUUUAAAGCUGAAUCUCAGAAUUUGGCCCGACGACUAUCGGACACGCCGGCCAAUCAAAUGACCCCUUUGCAUUUCGCUCAGGAAACCGUUAACGAAUUAUGCCCAUGUGGAAUAAAAGUGAUGGUGCACGAUAAAGAUUGGGUGGAGAGCAAGAAGAUGAACUGUUUUCUGACGGUCGCGCGAGGUUCCUGCGAGCCUCCCGUCCUCGUUGAAAUCUCGUAUUGCGGUGCACAUCAAGACCAGAAGCCCGUUCUGAUGGUCGGCAAGGGUAUAACCUUCGACAGUGGCGGCUUGUGCUUGAAGAAGUGCGAAGGGAUGGAUAACUACAGGGCGGACAUGGUCGGGGCUGCUGCGAUAAUAGCUGCAAUUCGCGCUGCUUCCGCUUUAAGCCUCCCCAUCAACAUCGAGGCCGUUAUACCAUUGUGCGAAAAUAUGCCGAGCGGUAUGGCAAUGAAAUGCGGAGACGUGGUGAUGGGUUUGAACGGCAAGUCCAUCAUGAUCACCGAUACGGACAACGAAGGUCGGUUGGUACUUGCGGACGCUCUGGUCUACGGCCAAAUGGCUUUUCAACCCCGGCUAAUUAUCGAUGUUGCCAGUUUAACUCCCGGCGUUAAGGCUGCUUUGGGAUCGUCGGCUAGUGGGGUAUAUUGCAAUUCUCAGACGAUGUGGUCACAGGUUCGCAAGGCGGGGGUGAUAACUGGGGACAGGGUUUGGCGGCUUCCCCUUUGGAAAUACUUCACCAACAAGGUAACAAAGUUCAGAUCGCACGACGUGAACAAUAAAGGCCUCGGGCACGGAUCCUCCUGCAUAGCGGCGGCGUUUUUGAACGAGUUCAUAGAUUGUGUAGACUGGAUCCAUUUCGACGUGACGGGAGUCGGCUUCAAAAGCGAACAUAAGAACUACUCUUAUCUGACAAAGGGUCGAAUGACGGGAAGACCAACCCGUACCUUGAUACAACUGUUGUACCAACUGGCUUGUCCUUCCGAAGGUCAACGCAAGCUCGACUAGUCCUCCGUCCGAUUUAACCUCUGGGUGUUUUUUUCGUGUUUCUCAUAUGUGUCACAUUGGCAAAGAUCACGCAUACAGGGUAAAUUUUAUAGAGUAGGUGACUUUCGAGCUGGGAGUAUUUUAAUUUUUUAUCACUUUUAGUCCGGGAUUAGAAUACGGGGUUAGAAUCUGACUAUUUUGUUAAAAAUAUUUGUGCAGCCUGGUCAGCCGCAAAUAGUAGGUUAAUUAAUGAAAAUUUGCGCAUUUUACAUUUAUUCAAAAGAAGUCAAAUAUCUGAAUUGAGGUUUGUCGAAAUGGUAUUCGGCCAAGAACGUUUGUGAUCACGUCGUCGGUGUGAAUUUACGUAAAAAUUUUGAGUGGAGAUUUAUACGCGAAUAGGAUGAUGCAAUAACGGUCCUUGGUAUCGUCAGCCUGCAUGGGAAAGUUUUGUUCUGGUACCUGAUUUGUAAUUUGUUGGCAAGAUAUGAAAAUAUAUUUAUAA